AUGAAGCACCUAGUAUCAGAAAUAUCCGCCCGAGGUGCUGUUUCAGUUCGUAUCUGGCAGUUGGCAGACACGAUCAAUGUAUUCGAGAAAAAAUUAAAGUACGAGAUAUUAUGGAAACGAUAAGCAAACUCAAAUUGAAAUGAGCUGGUCAUGUGGCGAGAAGAACAGAAAACUGUUGGACAACCCCUCAUUACGUUCUGGACGCCCCAGGGACACACAGGGAACCAAGGAAGACCGAGGACGAGAUGGAGGGACGAUUUAGAGAGUUUGGUAAAACACUGGCAUCGUAUUGCGCAAAACGUGGUCCAGUGGAGGUCAAUAGGAAAGGCCUACGUCUAACGACGGACAUUCAAAGGCUGAAACUGAACUGAAACUGAAGGUCCCUGCUUAUUUGAAUAUGUACAUACAUGUAAAUAUAGUUUACUAAGGGUGCUUUGGCCUGGCGAACUAAUGGUACAAAAAUAUCAAUUUCAAUAAAGGAAAUACUGCAUGGCAUCGAGUUGUUCGUCUCCUCCUGACGAACCAAAAAGACCACACCCUACAAGCAGAGCCUGGCUUUGUCUUUUUCUUGAUCCGAGGACAGGGGUGGAUCUAGGGGUGCUGAGGCUGGGCACCCUCCCCCCCCGUCGAGAUGACCUGCGGCUUUCGUUCUGCAAAGUAAGCAGAUAUGUAUGAUAUGUACUCUCAGCAGUUCAAUUUAUGUUAUUGACUAGUCAAAAGCCUUCUUCGUAUUCGCUUUUAUGAUUUGUUUUCGUCACUAGUCAGUUAAGCCAUUCCUUAGUGGUGCACCCCGUCCUAAGAAAAAUCCUGGACACGCCCCUGGAUGAGGUGGAAAGAAGGUAAAAGCAAACUAAAAUAUUUAGUUAAGAGCAGCUUUUUAGUGUAAAUUUGGAUAUAUGAUGUAGUAACAAAUAAAGUUAAACAAUGGAGGAAAAUUAUUCGGCCUCGUUCGCCCUAAAAAAAUGGCUCGUGCAAAAGUUGCUGAAUGAGAACACAGGCUGUACUUAAAGGAGCUGUGUCACGACAUUUAUAUCAAAAUUCAGACAUUAGGAAAGAAAAUUCGCCCCAUGUAAGGGAAUCCAUGGCCGUCUUGGAUUCUGGAUUCCACGCACUGGAUUUCGCCGGGAUCUUUUGUCAGUGGAACUUGGAUUCCGGAUUGCAAUCGUUUUUGGGAUCCGGAUUGCUUGGCCUGUAUGCCGGAUUCCAAAGCCCAAGUCUUCCCUUUGCACAAGAAAAAUUACCCGGAUUCCCUUACAAUAAGCGAACCAAAUGGCACUUAAAGUGUUAAUAAAAGAAGGUUAAUUAACAAUUAUUGGAUGAGGCGGAGUAUCAUCUGAAGAAUUAUGGAGAUUGAGACUUAAACGCCGCUGUAAGAGCGUUGUUGUUGUAAAAGCUUUGUUUAUGUUUGAAGAUAGUGUUUCUGGGAUUUGUCGAGUGCUGUUCCACUACUGGUUGCAAGCUCAUCCAGAAAAAUAUUUUCCCAGCCAUUGUUAAAUACGACAAGCCAAAUUUCCCCGUUUUCUUGGCAUUUAAAUUCGCUGAUACAGCCGUUUUAUUUGUCGUUAAAAUGUCGUCUUCCGAAACUGUCCCGAAACGAAAGCCAUACAUUUUAACUCCCUUCCCAAAACAGCGAAUGGCUAAAGAUAAUCCGAGUUAUAUGCAGGGAGCCAAUCAAAACGUCCGAAAAUUAUUAUGCGCCGAUUUGGUAAAUACUAAUGACUGCUAUCGCUUUCGAUUCUUUGCUUUGUGCCCUCCAGGCUCAAAAUCUUGGAAUUUAUACAGGUAUAUAAAUUCCUCGAUGCACAAAAACGAAACUUGAAAGCAUAAUAAUGUUAUUUAAAACACCCAGGCCCCCGAUGUUCAAACGUUGGAUAGUGGUAUCCACCGGAUGAAAAUCUAUACUCUAUCCCUUGGAUAGCGCAAUUGGUUUUCCUAAUACUUAUAUCCACUGGAUAGUGAUUUAUACGGUGGAUAGCCCUAUCCAACUUUUGAACAACGGGGGACUAGAUGUCAUACAUCAUUUGGCGAAAUGUUCCUCCAAUAACUAAUUCAGAUCUAUGUUAUUUAUUUUAUUUUAUUAGCCACACAGUAAUAGAAAUUACAAAUAAUAUAUAUAUGGGAAAAGUAGAAAAAAGAAGUGGCGAGGAGACCUAA